AUGCCUGACCUUCCCAACACUGGAUGGGAACAGGUGGCUCCUUCCACCAUUUGCACACCCCAUGCAAGUGCUGGAAGGAGCACCCACAGUCCAGUUCAUGAAAUUCAAAUUGAAGAUGUCACUAUUGAAGUACACGAGAAUGAGAUUAUGGGUGUUGCUGGCGCUGUGAAGGAAAUUGACAAGGAGGAGUCUGAUGUGAAAGACAUAGCCCUGGAGUGCUUUGUUAGUAACAUGCUACCGCAGCUGCUACAUGCCUCCGACGCUUGCAAAGACAUUGUCAUGGAAAGGGGAAGAGCCAACAUGGAGAUUGCUGAUUUAAAUCAGACCUCAAAAAAUUGGACAGAGCAGGAUUUCACUGUGUUUGGAAUUCAAUACACCAGGACGUUCAAUGUUACGGAGAGUGACGGCUUUAACUGGAUUUACAAAACCGCCAUAUUUGUCCGCUCAUUUUUUGAAAUCUUUCGGAUCCUGUCUAAUAUCUUCUACAGCAUCACAUUUGUUUUGGGAAUUCCAGGGAACGGCUUAGUUAUCUGGAUUGCUGGAUACAAGAUGAAGAAAGCCAGCGCUGUAUGGUUCCUCCAUCUGGCCAUAGCUGAUUUCAUAUGUUGUGCAUCUCUUCCUUUUAAAUUUGGAGAAUGGGCUUUGUAUAUAGAUGAUUAUGUUUUCCAGACAUUAUGCAAAAUCAGUACCGGUGUACUGUAUAUUACCAUGUGUGCUAGUGUCAAUCUUCUGGCCGCCAUGAGUAUUGAUCGCUGUGCAUCGAUAAUGUGGCCGCUUUGGUCUAAGAUUCAUAGAACACCAAACCGUGUCCGCACAAUUUCGGAACAAAUUUGGGUUUUGAGUCUAAUGUUAAGUGUUCCUCAUGUCGCAUUAAAUGUUGCCUAUAUUGAUAUUUCUGAGUGUAUAGGAAAAUGUUUUUUUCCAGCUCAUGGAAAGAUGAUGAAAAUCAUCAGAUUUGUCACAAUGUUUUUUCUUCCUUUCACCAUUAUUCUGUUGUGUUAUGGUGUCAUCCUUUCUAAACUUAAAAAUGUUAAAAGACCAAAAAAAUCUCAGCGAUCGUACAGAAUUAUUAUUGCAGUUCUGACGUGUUUCUUUAUCUGCUGGUUUCCAUAUUACACUUGGCCAUUAGUACCAAUAAAUUACAUACCAUUGCACAUAGAUAAUACAAUAAAUAUUAUUUGUGUCUGUAUGGCUUAUUUCAACAGUUGCAUUAAUCCCAUCCUCUAUGUCUUCAUAGGCCAGGACUUUAAAGAGUCUUUUAUAAAAUCAAUACCUUCCAGGCUGGAAAGUGCUCUAAAUAAGAUCUCUACUUAA